UUUCAAAUAAGUGUAAUCGAUAUUAAUUUCUGUUACUGCAGCCCUGCCCUGGAGCAGCUGUCAAGGCAGCCUACAACAACAACAGCUGAACUGACAGCAGCGGCGCAGCAGCAACAACCAACGAAAAACAUUUUACAGAAUGGGUAACGCUCUGACACAUUAUAUGAAGCCAGAUGUAAUGCCAGGGCCGGACGUAGUGCCCAGCUUUGAUCCCAUGCUGGGCUUUGAGACGCGCAAGGAACGCGUCAUGAUUGCCACCCUGGAGGAGAUGGAAUCGGCCAAGCUGCCACUCGAGGAUCGCGACUACUGCGCCCACAAGCUCCUCGCCUAUCACUCCUGCCGCUCCGACAAGUUCCCGUUUGUCUAUCAGUGUGCGCACCAGAAGCACGAAUAUCUCACCUGCGAAUAUGAGGAUUACGUGCUGCGCAUGAAGGAAUUCGAACGUGAGCGUCGUCUUCUAGAGCGUCAGAAGCGUCUAAACCAGGCUGCCUAAGCCUAAGCUCGGUUCGGUUCAGUUUAAGACGUAGACGAGGUGGCGGGAAGUGGCAACAACAACAACAACAACAACUACGUGUGGAGCAGUCAACAACAUCUCCACAAAACAAUAAUAAAUAACUGCCCCUCAUCGGAAGCGGGAAUUUCAAUAAAUACCAUGCCUAGUAAUAAUAUGCAUCUGUUUUUUUUUUUAGUAAAUUAAAUGAAAGAAAACUCCUCAAA